AGAAGCCAGCAGCUCAGGGUUCGGUGGCAGCGGCCCCAUCGGCCGAAGUUGGGGGGGGUGGGGCGCCCAGCGCGCGGGGUGGGGGGGGUCCUGGUCUUUGGCUUCUCGACUCGGUCCUGUUUCGACAGCGAACAUGUCUCGGCCUGUCAGAAAUAGGAAGGUUGUUGAUUAUUCACAGUUUCAGGAAUCUGAUGAUGCUGAUGAAGAUUAUGGAAGAGAUUCGGGCCCUCCAGCUAAGAAAAUUCGGUCAUCUCCCCGAGAAGCUAAAAAUAAGAGGCGAUCUGGAAAGAAUUCACAGGAAGAUAGUGAGGACUCAGAAGAAAAAGAUGUGAAGACCAAGAAGGAUGAUUCUCACUCAGCAGAGGACAGUGAAGAUGAAAAGGAAGAUCAUAAAAAUGUGCGCCAGCAGCGGCAGGCAGCCUCUAAAGCAGCUUCUAAACAGAGAGAGAUGCUCAUGGAAGACGUGGGCAGUGAAGAAGAACCAGAAGAAGAGGAUGAGGCGCCAUUCCAAGAGAAAGAUUCUGGCAGUGAUGAAGAUUUCUUAAUGGAAGAUGAUGACGAUAGUGACUACGGCAGUUCAAAAAAGAAAAACAAGAAGAUGGUUAAGAAGUCCAAACCUGAGAGAAAAGAAAAGAAAAUGCCCAAACCCAGGCUAAAGGCUACAGUGACGCCAAGUCCUGUGAAAGGCAAAGGGAAAGUGGGUCGCCCCACAGCUUCCAAGGCAUCGAAGGAAAAGACUCCUUCUCCCAAAGACGACGACGAGGACCCAGAAAGCCCCCCGGAGAAGAAGACGCCUGCAAGCCCCCCGCCCGAGAAGUCUGGGGACGAGGGGUCUGAGGAUGAGGCCCAGUCUGGGGAGGAUUAAAAGGGAUGAUGGCUUGGGGAGAGAUUUUAUUAAAAAAAAGAGAAAAAAAAAAAGAAAAAAGUAAAAAGAGGAGAAAAAAAAGAAAACCUACUUAAGGUAGAACAUGGUCUUGGCUCUGGCUCAACUCCUGGGCUUUCGUGCUUUUUUUCCUUUUGUCAAAAAUAACAUUUCUCUUUCUCUUUCUCUUUCUCUUUUUUUAAACAAACUAUAGUAUGUUGAAUUUACCUUUUUGUCUGUUGUUUUUCUCUUUGCCAUCACCCUUGCCUCCCCCCUUCCCAGUGAAAGCCAUGUCAACUUCAUCACUGGAUUGGCUGCUUCAUCUUUUCAUUUCUAAUGGAAGGUGUAUCUCAGUUGUAAAGCAAUAAGAUUAGAGAUGAACUAUAAGGAAAUGUUGCUUUUUGCUAACUAGUAGCAAGUUGAACAGUAAUCAAAAUGUAAAGGGUUUUAGUUAAAAAAUGAUUGCUGCUUUGUCUGGACUCUUUAAAAAAUCAAUUGUCACCUAAUACAAGUAUAUAUACACAAGUAUAGAUGUCUAAAAAAGUUACGACUUUAAACUUCCACUGAUGGGGCAGGUAAGAGAUAAAAGAGGAAUUCUGAAUUGUUACUGAAAGUAUUCAUAUUUUUAACUUGGGUGCAGGGCAGGGAAUGGAAUUACCUGACCUUGUUUGAGGGUGUGGUGGGGUUUUUUUUGUUUUGUUUUUUAAUAUCAUUACUUGUUAUCUCAGGCGGAGCCAGUGAUCCCUUUAUCCUGCUUCAGUCUUUAAGGAACUUUAAAAAAAAAAGCAAAGGCGCCAAAACUUAAAUCACUCUUGAUUUCCUGUUUCAUUCUUUAAUGGUUCAUGUUUUUAAAAUAUAUAUGUAUCUAUUGUUUCUUGGAUAAAAUUUUACCAAGGAUCAAAAAAAACGUAGAGUUUAAAUGGCAAGGUCUAUACAUCACAGUGGAUUUCUUCUCAACUGACAAUGUUUAGGUUUUAAGCAAAUAAAGUACCAGUUAAUGUGAAACUCGA